AUGUAUCAUAGCUUAAUUGAUGGCUGUGAUUUAAAUAUGAAACUGUUGCAAAUCAAUCUACAAUGUAAUGAUUCAUCAUUCUUUUUGGACUUUAAUAGCCUAGUCAUAAUUUUCAUUUCAUUGGAUUACGGUGUCUAUCUUUCACUUCAAUAUUUGCAGGCAUCGGAGUUCACACAGUUGAGUAAAAGAAUUUACAAAAAAAUAUUCAAAAUGAAAUUCCUUAUUGUUUUAUCGAUUGCUGUUGCAUGUGCAUCUGCACAAUUCCGUCCAGUUCCAGCAUCCAACUUUGAGAAAGACGCAAUUAUUUUGAAACAAGUUUAUGACUUAAAUCCAGUUGAUAAUUCAUACGUCUCCAGCUACGAAACAUCCAACGGAAUCAGAGCUGAUGAACAAGGAUAUCUUAAGAACCCAGGUACAAACGUAGAGGCUCAAGUCAUGCAAGGAAGCUACUCAUACACCGGCCCUGAUGGUAUUGUCUACACUGUCACAUACAUCGCUGACGAAAAUGGUUUCAGAGCUGAAGGUGCUCAUCUCCCAAAACCAGUAGAACCAUUGCCAUUGCCAGCAGUCAUCCCACAACUUAGACCAGCCAGACCAUUCGGACGAUUCUAAAUCGAUAAAUAAAUAGACUAUUAAUCAACAUUUUUAUUGCCAUCAGUUGAUUGAUUAAUAUUGUUGCCAUUCAUGAAUGAACCUGUGUGUGAUGCUAAAUACUAUAUCAUUUUCAUUUCUAUUCUUCUUUUCAUCUUCAAAUCUCAAUGAUGUCUG